GUGAAAAGUAGCGAGAAGAGACCAAAAUUAUUGCAGCUUUCAGCUUCCUCUUCCUUUAUAUAUAUAACCCCAUCAGCUCCCCUCCCCUUAUUACUUAGCCCUCUAAAUCUCUUCUCAUCUAUCUCUGGCUUUCGAGUUCUCUCAUCUCUCUUCCUUUAGCAAAUGUCUCAAGCCCUCACGAAAUCUCCUAAACACUGUGGCGAUAAGCACGGACUGAAAAUUAACAAGCUCUACAAGAAGCUAUUCGCAGUAUUCUCUACACUUUUCACCACAAUCCUCUGUUUAAUAUUACUUGUUUGGCUUAUACUACACCCCACCAAGCCUCAGUUCUCUCUCAAAGAAGCUGAUAUCUACCAGCUCAACCUCUCAGGAACCAAUAACCUCCUCAACUCCUCCGUCCAACUCACCUUGCUUUCCAAGAAUCCCAAUCAAAAAGUUGGCAUUUACUACGACGAGCUUCAAGUCUAUGCUCAAUACAAAGGCCAACAGAUCACAGUUUACACAUCUCUGCCUCCUUUCUACCAAGGACACGAAGACAGCAAUGUCUUGACGGCUUCUUUGAUUGGAAAUGGUUUGCCGGUGGCUCCCUCUUUUGGUUAUGAAGUGGGUCGUGAUCAGACGGCUGGGAGACUGGUUUUGAAUCUCAAAGUGCUCGGACGACUAAGGUGGAAGGUAGGAACUUGGGUGUCCGGGAGAUACAGAGUGAACGUGGAUUGCGUUGCUGUUAUGGCUUUCGGUCCUUCUCUCCCAACAGGUCCACUUACUACUAGGCAGGGGACUCAGUGUUCUACCACUGUCUGAACCAAUUAAGACUACUGCUAUUAGUCUAUUACUAACAUGAAUCACAGUGAUGACUAGAUUACUUCACUGCCUAGAUCGAGUUGUUAAUUUUCUUUUAUUAUUAGUCUGAAUAUGAUUGCUUGGUGUUGAGGUAUGUUAUGCUGAUCGAAAAUAAUAGGACUUGAAGGUUAUCAUGUACAUAAGUGAGAAUGAAAAGCGUGUUUGUAUUGUAAAAUCUUAUCUUCUCAGUUUCUAGCAAUAGAAAGUGGGCGAAGAAAAGCUUGGUGUUGUUCAUGUUCUUGUA